UCCGUUAUCUGUCUCUUCCUAGUGUACGUUUUCGGCGUUGGGUUACAGACAACAUUGUAUUAAUGAAUAAUAUAUAAGUAUAUUGAACUAAUAUAUAACUAAGUGGUGUAAGCUAUGGGUUCAACGAUAAGACAAGUUCUGCAACACACUCUGGAGGAUCUGUCUAAUGAUAAACUGAAGAAGUUUCGCGCCAGUCUGUUGGACCGCGAGCGGAAGGGAGAGCCUCGGGUCAGGCGCAGAGCACUGGAGGACAAGGACGAAGUCGUUAUCGCUGAUGUUCUCGUCUCAACCUUCACCGAAGCUAAAGCCGGGAGUGUAGUGGUGGAAACGCUGCGGGUCAUCGAGUGCAACCACAUCGCAGUGCGACUUGAGGCCGAACUGGAGGAUUUGAAUCCGCCGGGGAGUCGACCUUGCGCCAACAGUAUGAUCCCGCCGUCCAAAUCUAGACCUGUAGAGCACUUUGUGGACAAACACCGGAGCGCCCUGAUUCAGAGAAUCCGGAGGUUGGCACCUAUACUGGAUAGACUGCUGGACCGCAAGGUGCUGAGUCAGGAGGAGUAUGACGCCAUCAUGGCCAAAGGCACCCCGCAGGACCAGGCCCGACAACUGUACAGCGGGGCCCUGACGUCCAGCGGAACCACAGGAAGCGUCUUCCUAAGCGUGCUGGAGGAAUUAGAGGUUCAUCUUCUCCAGGACCUGAGGAGUCUGGAGGAUCUGUCUAAGGAUGAACUGAAGAAGUUUUGCGCCAGUCUGUUGGACCGUGAGCGGGGGAGAGCCUCGGGUCAGCGCAGAGCACUGGAGGACAAGGACGAAGUCGGUAUUGCUGAUGUUCUCGUCUCAACCUUCACUGACGCUAAAGCCGGGAGUGUAAUGGUGGAAACGCUGCGGGACAUCGAGUGUAACCACAUCGCAGUGAAACUUGAGGCCAAACUGAAGAGUAAAGUUGAAUCUGCCGGGAGUCGACCUAGUGCCAAUAGUACCCCAGCGUCAACAGCUAGACCGGGUGAGCACUUUGUGGACAAACACCGGAGCGCCCUGAUUCAGAGGAUCCGGAGGAUCGCACCAAUACUGGAUAAACUGCUGGACCGCAAGGUGCUGAGUCAAGAGGAGUAUGACGCCAUCAUGGCCAAAGGCACCCCGCAGGACCAGGCCCGACUACUGUACAGCGGGGCCCUGACGGCCAGCGGAACCACAGGAAAAGACAUCUUCCUCAGCGUGCUGGAAGAAUCAGAGGUUCAUCUUCUCGAGGACCUGAGGAGAUCUUGAGCCAUGUUGUAUUACAUAUUACGCCAAACAUAAGCGGCCUGGUGCUAAUGACAACAAUAAUGGAGGGUGCUGAUUGUUUUGGGUCUUAUUUUUACACAAUCUUAACUAAAUGUUUUGUUGUUUAAUUUUGUCACAAAUAAAUAGCCUACUAUGCCUACAAUGUU